UAUCUUUUCCCUUUCUCUCUCUCCCUUGCUUCUUCAAAGCUCCAAACCGAAUCCGGAGCAGAGAAAAAAAACCAAAAAAUAAUCAGUUAAUGAUUCCCACGUCCCACCACCCAAUGCCCUCUCUUCAAUCCAACUCUUCUGAAAUAUUCAAAUCCAAAUUCUCAUCAGCUCUGUAAUUUCUCUAAAACAACCCUCGCACUCCACCUUUCUGGAAUUUUUUAAAGUAUUUUCCUUCUACUGGUUUUUCCUUCAGACGACCUUUUCAUUGCCAGCCAUGACUGAAAUACUCCGUUCCCCUUCUCAUUUCCCUUCUUCUCCAAGCUCUUUAUCAUCUUUGCCCACACGCAAUGAUAGCGCACGGUCGACCCUCUCCCGUUCUCGUCCUCGUUCAUGCUCCCACACCCGCUCCAAGUCUCUUAUUAGCAAUUCUACCUCAUCUUCUGUAGUUGAGGGCGAGGUUAACCGAGUCUACAGAUCAAACGAAGAACAAGAAGACGAAGAACGAAGAGGGGGAGAAAGGGACAAAGAGGGAGAUCCACUGUCUCUGUUGGCUCUUUUGGUCACUGUAUUUAGGAAGUCCCUGGUGGCUUGUAGGACUACUGUGAGGGAGGAGCUUUGUUCAAUGGAAAUCGGAUGGCCGACCAAUGUGCGCCAUGUUGCCCAUGUCACAUUUGACCGCUUUGAUGGGUUCCUCGGCUUGCCGGACGAGUUCGAACCUGAAGUUCCCAGAAGGGCUCCCAGUGCCAGUCAAAAUGUUUUUGGAGUUUCCACAGAAUCUAUGCAGAUGUCUUUUGAUUCUAGAGGGAACAGUGUGCCAACAAUACUUCUGCUGAUGCAAAGACGCUUGUAUGCUCAGGGAGGUCUGCAGGCUGAAGGGAUUUUCAGAAUUGCUGCAGAGAACAGUCAAGAGGAAUACGUUAGAGACCAACUGAACCGGGGAAUUGUGCCAGAUGGGAUUGAUGUCCACUGUUUGGCAGGUCUUAUUAAGGCUUGGUUUAGACAACUUCCAACUGGGGUGCUGGAUUCUCUCUCAGCUGAGCAAGUGAUGCAAUGCCAGUCUGAAGAGGAAUGUGCUCAGCUUGUCAGGCUCCUUCCCCCAACAGAAGCUGCUUUGCUGGAUUGGGCUGUCAACCUGAUGGCCGAUGUUGUCCAUGAGGAACAUCAAAACAAGAUGAAUGCACGAAAUGUUGCAACAGUCUUUGCCCCAAACAUGACUCAGAUGGUAGAUCCUUUGACUGCAUUGAUGUAUGCUGUACAAGUGAUGAACUUCCUCAAGACAUUGAUCAUCAAGACACUCAAAGAAAGAGGGGACUCAGUUGUGGAGACAGAUUCUGCUUCCCACCUAGAGCCAUCUGAUGAGAAUGGCCAUCAGAGCCCGUCACAGCUCUGCCUGGAGGAGGACCCAAACUCGGUGAAAGAAGAGACAGAGAAUAUCUUUUUUGCCAAUGAACCUGUUUUAGAAACUCCCCCAGACUCUGCUGAAGAGGAUUCAAGGACCAUUGAUGGGCUCUGUAGACUUCAAACAGCUGUUAAUAAGAUUACUCCAGAUGGAAACUUAAAUGGGUCUUCUGUUGAUUGCAGCUGUGAGGUUCCAGGCCAACAUGAAUUGACAAAUAAACGAGAGACGGGUGAAUUUAAUAAUCUAAAGGCUCGGUUGCAAGCAAAUGCUUGUAAGAACAAAACUGUUGAAUCAAUUGCUUCAAAUUUCAGAAAAGGUCCCAGUAAGUUGAAUGAGCCGACGGUGGUUCGAGUAGCAGGAACAGUUGAGAAGUCAAAGGGCAUCCCCAUUGUCAGCUGCAUAAACUCAAUGACAGAACGGGUUGAAGCCUGGCGAUGAAAGUGUCUUUCAUAUUGGGGCUCAACUGUUGGGAUUGAUUUGAGUUUGAUUUUGGAUGUAUUGUUUAUUUAUGUUUUAUAUGUUUUUUGGUGUAGUUUCUUAACAUAUUUCUGAUCUCAUCAUGUAUGGCACUUCCAUGCCAUCCCCACACUAACAUUUUAUCAGUCCGCUGAAACUACUGUCCAUAUGUGAAAGUCAAAUGAAAUGUUUUCCUGAUAUCAUU